AUGAAAAUUUGCUGAGGUCUAUUAAUCGAAACUGAGCGCCAAAGAAAACUCAUCAUCCAGGAAACAUAAAUACAUAAAUCCAGGAAACAAAUCCUUCAAUCUUCGUGUGUGUGUGUCUGUAUCUACUCGAGCUGCUAAUGGAUACAUUUCCCGACUAACUUAUCUAUCUUAUCGUCGUGCAACGAAACAACUGACUGACUUACUGACUUACUUCAUUUCAUCGCGAACAGCGAAAAAGUGAAUUUUCCUACACGCGUGAAACAAGUUUUCCCCUGACGUAACACACAUCGCCGAUAUCUUCCGGAUUAUGCUACCGGGCCACUUGCUAACCAGGCACAGCUUCCAGGGUACUUUCGCACUAGUAGCCCACAUUUUGCGACCGACAGAAACUGGUUUCUAGACCGGCGUGUACAGUCACUCUCGAUCGUGAGCCUGAGCGGCCGUCGAUAAGGAAGUAAACGAAAGCGUCCGGAUGAUAAAUGAGCUUGAUUGAUUGAUAAGGGCAAACGAAAGGUGCAGAAGGCAGGAAAUUAGUGCUAAAUAGGUACAAAGCGGAAUAGAAAAUCGAUCGUAUUGUCGACUUAUUUGUGCGUUCCGGUACAAUGGCUAACAAGUAACACAGUAAUUGUGUGUGGUUUCAUCCUCUUUUAAGUAAAGUGACAUAACUGGCGCCACCCAGUUGCGUAAUCAUGAGGAAGAAGUGGCAAUGAAACAUAAAUUUAUGAUUCAAUUUUAUAACCUCCUACGGGUUUUUUUUUCAAAAGGGGCUAAUUUCAUUUAGGGAAAUGAACCGAUCACUCCAUGAUUGCUGAUCGUGCGUGCGUAUGGCUUGUUUGUUUUUUUUCGUCGUCUAUUUUGUUUCGCCCUGGUUUUUUUGUUCCCAAGUCCAAGUGCAAGUACGCUCGUGGUGGUUGAUGCGAAACAUAAUGUUGGUAGCAAAAACUCCUUUCACUAUCACCCGAAUAAACCACUGUUAUUAGCGAACGAGGUAAUAAGAGGGAAAACAUUUUAACAUUGAUACGAGUUAAAUGGUUAGUUUACUUUUUGAUACACAUUUCGUUAUCUGUUGUAGUAUUUUAACAUUGUUUAGCUAUUCAAUUGUGUCUCAGUGUCGAUACGAAUUACAAGGAAGGUUUAUUUAACCAUUUGGCCAGAUAGUUUUUCCGAUUGUUUUAGUUUUGGAGCUUGUCAAAGACAUCUUCUAUGAUAUCAAGCAAAAAGAAAAUGAAAAAAAAAACAAAGAAUUAAGGGAUUAGACCUGUUUGGAAACGGCCACAUUAGUUCAAAGAAAGGUGUCUCAUUGGUUAUUAACAAUUUCUAAGUUUUACGUUGGCUAACCUAACUUGUAUCCUAAUAGUUUUUACACCCUGAAAGACUCAAUUUGUAUUUUUUUUCUGCAAUAUUCUGCACGGAUUCCAUUCUACCAAAAAUUAUUGACGAUGUAGUAGAUAUCAGUUUAACAUUUUUGUUUACAUUGUACAGUGUUGGUUAAACAAAGUUCAAGUGAAAUGCUUCAAAUUUCUGCAACAUAAAAUUCUCCAUAAAUUUCACAUAAUCACUACAUACACUCAUCACAUCAGGUGUCCUGCAUGGUACGAUAUGUUUACGCGAAGAAAAACACGUGCAAUAUCACGUGCCAUGAUGUACAACAUGAACCGCAAAAGCACGCACGAACAGUAAACCGAAGGGAGGAAAAGUAUGGACCUUAACCAGGCACAGGAAGACGGUGGGCGGUCUGAUACAGGGGAGGAGAAAGGAAGGUUAAUUGUAAAUAGCAAAUUAUGCAUCCGAAUGAGCAGUGUAGCGGAGCAAGAGGUGGCGUUUACCACUGUUUACCAUUAGGAAAUCCUAAUUACCACUCUUCUCUCCCACCUCCAUCUGCCGCCGAGGGUAAACGGGAAAUGGUUUUGCAUUGGUUCGCGGAAAUCGAAAAAAAACACCCCCUGUGGUGUGUGUGUGUCUUGGGUGGCGGUGGCACAUGAUCGUUGCCCGAUAAGACCGUUUUGGUUUGCAAUCGUAUGGGGAAGUUAGUUCGGGUUUGAUUAAAAACUAUCAGCAUGUGGAAGCCCAUCCACCAACACUCCCCCCCCCCUUCGGCCCUUUCGUCAUUUUGUUUUCUUUUCCAUUGGAAUGCCCUACUACAAAGGAAACUUGCGGUGGCAUUCCAUAAAUGAGUUCCAUUCUUCUAAUGCACCGAUUCGUUUUCUUUCCCUAAAUCUAUCAACCACAAAUGGUAAACCUUGUGCGGGGCACAUUUUAACGAAAGGAAGUGGCAUUGCAUUAGAGAAAGGGAAGAUGGAAGGAAAGGCACCGUGGUUCCGACCGGGUGGAAUCCUUCCGUGUCCUAUCAGCAAGUUACGUAAGGUAGUCGCGAUUUGGUAUUGGAACUUCACUUUCCUGCACUUGCAACGCAUGCACGCAAUCGACACACACACACGCGGCAGGAAGUGUCGUCCUAUUCUGUUUUGCUGUGUGUUUGCAAACGCGCAAGGUACGCACGAAACCGCGUGGUAAAACUGCUGCUGGAAGUUGGAGCCGAACUUCCACGUGUUCCACCGAUGAAUGGCGAAUGAAACGAAUCGCGAAUGAAGCAUCGAGAUCGUGGAUGAUCUCCAUCCAGUUGGGAGGGGAGUGAACAAAAUAAUGCUCACACCACUACACACACUUAUAUAUAGCGUCUGGCGCUGGUCGGUUAAGCUCGUACUCAGUCAGCGACCGUCGAUCAGCUAACACCGCCAAGCGUCCGCAAGCACGUCGGUAGAUUCCUACGGUGAAAGAAGCCAGUUUAGUGAAGUGACUACAGAGGAGCGUGUAAAGAGUUGAUUGAUCGUGCGAUAUUUACCGCUAUCAAAAUGGCCAAAAGUACGACCAUCUUGCUUCAGUGUUGUCUGGUGUUGCUGCUACCAUUCAACGACAGUGUGUUUGCCAAAAAGGAGGACAACAAACCCGAAGAGAGCCUUUUCGAGCAGGAUUUGGGUGAUCAGUUCAAGAUCGACGCCUCAACGCAGGGUCUGCAAAAGGUGAACCUACGAUGCGGUGCCGACUCGAUGCGCAUCGAGCUCAAGACGGAGGAAGACUUCCAGGGCGUGAUGUACACACGCGGCAGUUACUACAAGCAAACGAAACCAUGCUUCGUGAAACCAGAACGGGCCGGCCGCACACUCGAGAUGAAGUUUAAUCUCGACCAGUGCCAGACGGUGAACAACGGUGAGGUGUACUCGAACAUUGUCGUCGUGCAGCACGAUCCGGACAUUGUAACGCCCGGUGAUGCCGCCUUCGCGGUGGAAUGUGAUUUCCGGAAGCCACGUGGUGUGACGGUCAGCUCAGAGAUCCAGGCACGAGAUAGCGAGGAUGCGACACCGACACCAUCGUCACGCAUUACACUCACCAGUCCGGAUCCGUCGGCAAACACUCAAACACCGAACGAACACAACUCGGUGCACAGUACAUCCGGUACGGUAACGUUUGUGCCGAGCCGUUUCCGCAAUGGGUCCCAGCUACCGGAACAACGGGUCCGUGGGACGGUCGAAACGGUCGAAAUUCCACUGCACACAACACAACAACACCAAGAGGAAAAUCACGAUGAGUUGUGAUGUGAGGGAAACACACACGAACGAACGGUGGAGAAUAAUUUAUUAAAUUUAAAUUCAUCUCUGAUGCACACAAUGCUAACCUGCCGCUAACACAAAAACACAUAUCCAAGAGGAUUCCAUUCUAACCUGUAUGUUCAUUUCCCGUUUACUCGCAGCCUUGAAACGGCGAAAGCUAAUGCAACCGCUUCCUAUCCACCCACCGAUUGAAUCGGGCCCCACAAUCGUCCCCUCUGCCUUACUAACGGUUCAAAAGCCUCCUGUUCGACCAUAAUAAGUUCCUUCUUCGGUUAGCCGAUCGUACCAUCCUUAUACCUAAAAGAGAGAUAGUCUACAUAAGCUUGUAUCGGUAUGUCCGAUACACAGUGAGAGAAGAUGAUUGUUUACACUGGAUGUUACCACUUCCCCAAGCGUCACUGUUCUAAGUGAUUGAUAGGUAUGGAAAGUGUUUUCAAUAAAAUGUUAUAAAAGAA